GCGCUCGCUUUCCCCGGGUCUCGGGCGGGCGGUAUCGUAUCGUCGUCGCCUGGCGAUACCGGUUUAACGGAUGCCACCGUGGAAGUGUCACGGAACGACGCGGCAUCCACUCCGCGUGAAAGUGAGCGGCGUAUCGUCGUGGAUCAGCGGGAGCCGCCGAGGAUGUCGCGAUCAUCGUGCCGCGUACUCGCCGUAAUUGUGCUGUCGUGUCUGGUCCACGUCCCGCUUGCGUAUCCUAACUGCUCCAUUUCGGCGUCCGAUCAGUGGUGCGGACCUACGUGCCCGAGCGUCUUCGAGCGUAACGAUGUUUGUCCGAUGUUCAGGACGAUGCCGGGCCAGCUGGAGAAGAUCAAGGGUGGCGGCAAGCGCGCCACCUUCGGCAUGGGCUGCUUCUGGGCGGGGGACUCCCUCUUCGGGGUGCUACCGGGUGUCAUCAGAACCUGCGUCGGCUACGCCGGCGGCACCAAGGAGUCUCCGGCAUACAAGAACAUGGGAGACCACACGGAGGUCAUCGACAUCGAGUACGAUCCAGAACUGGUGUCCUACACGCAUCUACUGAGCUUGUUCUGGAACAAUCACGAGUACAGCCUAACAAGGAAGAUAAAGAGACAGUACAUGUCACUGAUCUUGUACCAUGAUGAGGAGCAAAGGUUGCUAGCUGAAAAAUCACUUGAACAGGAACAACGAAAGCGCGGAGAAGUUUUUGUCACGGAGAUUAAGAAGUUUACACAUUUUUAUCCAGCUGAGGAUUACCAUCAGAAGUAUCGACUACAGAAUCAUCCGUGGCUAAUCGAAACCAUAGGCCUCACGCCGGAAGUUCUGUGCGCCUCUCCACUGGCGACCAAAUUGAACGGCUACAUCGCGGGUGCUGGCACCAUCGAACAAUUUGAGAGAGAACUACCGAGCUUAGGAUUGAGCGAGAAAUCGGCGCAAUAUUUAACGAAGUAUAUUGUCGAAAAUCAGGGCAGCGGUUUGUACUGCUAGCACAUCUAGUUACAAUGGAAAAAAAUUACCGAGAAUAUUUUCUACACUAAUAGACGUAGGCUGGACAUUAUUCGAUCUCUUCACAAGAGGAGAACUGCACACGCACAGCCUGAUACAUGUACUAUGUAUACUGGGUGUCGCAAAUAUCUCAAAUGUUCACGCGAACACCGUUUAUACAAGUUCGUAUUAUAUAAAUUCAAUAUUUAAUGCCAUUGUAUUUAACAUCCGUGUCCGUAAGGUAUAAAAAAGUAUCUUACAGCUCACGAGCUCCGAUGCUCACUCUUAAUUUUAAUAGCAGAUUUGCUGACUUGGAGUCAGCUAUUCUUAAUAAAAAUCAUUGACAAUUUUCAAA